GUUAUUUUAUUUAUACACGAAUAUCAAAAUCAAGAGAUGGUAUUGCAACAAAUCAUGGAUUUGUAAUUUGUCUAACGAUAGAAAGCGGAUGUUUAGUGUAACGGAGGAAGGACAUGAGCAUGUUGGGAAUUAUAUAAAGAAAAAGAUCGUUCAAAGAAAAACCAAUGGUGAUGGUGGUGGUGUUGUUAUACCUAAUCAUCAAAGUAACUGUAGUCUUCUUGAACAAAAUCUUUCUUGCAGAACCAAUUCUAUAACGAUGCCUGAAAAUAAUACUAAGAGAGUAUUCUUAGAAAUUGAGGACGAUGAGAACGCUUCGAAACAGCGAAUCGCUAGCCUGAUAAAUGACUGUGGGGAAAACGUUACAAAGGAUAUAACCAAGAGCGAAUUAAAGACAUUUCCAUUGAAACGUUCGGAAGAUUUGAUAUCAAGGAUCUCCGAUUUUUUGCCAAAAAUUGCUUCAGAUAAUAAAGAACUUGUAAAAAAAGUUGCCAAAGAUAUUAAUAUUGAAGUUGUUGAAGGCAAGGAAAGGAUCAUUGAGAUGAACUUGGGAUUAGGCGUAUUCGAACAAAUAAAAGUACCUUCAGAGUGCGAUAUUAUAAUGGAUCCAAAAGGGGCAACUUCUAAUAAUUCAACUAAACCAAAAAUAAUAAUGAUGGAUAAUGGAACUAGCAAUAUAGAGGCAAUAAAUGAAUUGUUCAUGAAAGACGUCAAGUCAUAUAAAAAAACUAAAAGAUCCAAAUCACCAUUAAUUUUUAAGGAUGAUGAUGAAGACCAAGAAUUUUCUAAUAUAAUAAUGAAUUCACAUUCAUUAGAUCAUAAGAAACCCAACAUCAUCGUCCUUGAUAAUAACCAAAUUAGUGAUGAUUAG